UUAUUAUUAUUCAACUUAGCGAUUGCCGAAUGCCGUGAGUCAUUCUCAUUGUACGGUGUUCCGUGUUCGCGAAAAACAAAAACAACCUGACCGGUUGUAUGAUUUCAGGUGGGUGAGUCAUACCACAAGACCAUCUCCACAUUCUAUAAUUCUGUGCUAUGCUCUAAUGGAUAAUGAUAACAUAACAUUUUAACUUGUUUAAAAUAUUAAUACGAUUCAUGUCAAUUGUGUCGCAGUACGACUGAGUUGAAGGUUGUUUCUUAGUUUCGUUCUCAUUUGUAUUCUGUGCUGACCCUGAAAAUUUCAAACUUGUAGUUUACAUCACGAACAAAUAACAAAAUAUUUCUGAAUUUUUAAUAUUAUAGGUAUUGACGAUUUAAACAGUGCCUAUGAUGGAGUCAGAAUUAAAAAAUCAGAAUGACUUAUUGCAGCAAUUAAAAUCUUUACGUGCCGAAAAAGAAUUAUUAGAAAAACAUGUAUUUGUACUCAAUGAGUGUUUAUCCGUGGAGGAAUUAAAAACUAAAAUAUCUAAUCUGGAAAAAAAGAAAGAGAUGUUAGUAUCAUUAGAAAAUGUAAUUGGAAGAUUACGUUCUGAGGUUGAGCCGCUAAAGUAUUUGAAAUCAAUUUUAAAAACUAAAUUAGACGAUGAGAAUAAAAUUCAAUCAAAUAAUAUUGGGUCUGAGUUAGUUGAAGAUCUUUUGGAAGCAAGUGCUGAGAGUGAGCCGCUAAAAUAUUUGAAUACUAUAUUGAAAACCAAGUCAGAUGUUGAAAAUAAUAUUCAAUCAAAUAAUAUUGCCUCAGAAUCUUGUAUUAAUACAGGAUUUUAUGUUCCUAAACUUGAUGUCAAAUUACGUAACGAUUCAUCUGUUGAUGUUCAACUAGUACAACCUGAGUCUAAAACUUUUAUCCCACAAAUUGCACAAAACACUCUUACUCAUUCAGGCAAAUAUAAAUUGGAUUUGUACCCAAAGUUAAAUAAUGUUAAUCCCAUUGACACAUUCCAAACACCAAUACCAUCUAAAUCUAAUUCAGUUUCAACUGUAAAUGAUGGCAGUCUUGACGAAUGUAUGCAACUGUUGGAUCAAUAUGAUGUAGUUACUGAUCAAGAAAUAUUAAAUUUCCCUAUAGAAGAAAAUGAUUUGAAAAAUCAAACAGUUGACAAAGAAUCUACUAAUCUUAUUGAUAUUGAAAAUAAAAUACAGGAUGCACAAAUAAAAACAACAGAAACUUAUUAUCCUGAUGUUGAAGGAAAAAUAAAAUCUAAAAGCCAAGUACCUAUAAAAAAUGAUUUGAAAAGUCAAAGUGUUGACCGAGAGCCUACUAAUAAUAUUGGUAUUGAAAAUAAAAUACAAGAUGCACAAAUAGACACAACAGCAACUAAUUAUUUUGAUGCUGAAGGCAAAAUAAAAUCUAAAAGCCAAGUACCAAUAAAAAAAGAUAUAGAAUUUUGUUUGAACAGCUCUGUUAAUCCUGUCUCUGUAAUAUUGGAAAAUGCUAGUAGUACACUUCACGAGGCUAGUACAUCUCAACCAACUCUUAACAAAGAGAGUUUAUGUUCAGAUUCCAAUGUUAGUAUUGGUGAUUUGUUACUAAAACUACCACAUUUGUUAUUGCAACAAGGAAUCGAUUAUAUUCAAGAUGAAGAAAAUGUGAAUCAGUCUUUGAAAAAUGGAAAUGUUAGUACAGACGUAUCAUCAAAAGAACAUAAUAAAUGCAACAAGAAAAAGGAAUUGAAAACAUUUAAAAAAGAAGUGAAUAAAUUUUUAAAUGACUAUACAAAUUUAUUGCAAAACAGUUCCCAAACAACAGAAAAGAAUAACAUAUCCUCUGAGCAAACAGAAUCAGGUCAAUGUGAUGAAUUGCCGCGUAAUGUCAGUAAUUCUGAAUGCAGCAUUAAUAGCUUCAAUGAUAUGAAUUUAAAAAUUGAUAUCUUGCGUGGCAUAUACUCUCUUGGUUUUGUCAAUCCAACUGCUUUACAAAAACGCGUUGUUGUGCACUGCAUAAAUGGUCGAGACAUAAUAGUUUUUGCUGGACCCGGUAAUGGUAGAACAAUGAUGUUUACCAUACCAUUACUGCAACGUAUUAAAACCAAUUUAAAUGAGUGUCAAGCAUUAGUAUUAGUACCAACCAGAGACCUAGCUGUACAUAUUCAAAAGAUCAUUAUGAGUGUUGGCGACUUUUUGGGUGUUAAUGUGUGUAUUGGUGGUGACAAUGUACCAAGAAAAUUAUCUGUUGUUCCACAUGUAGUCGUUGGUACUCCAGCUGGAGUGUCCAAUAUGAUUUCAUGUAAAUCUCUACGUACUGGAAGCAUUCAAACAGUUGUAAUCAACAAAGCUGAGAAGAUGUUAACUAAUAAUUAUACCACAUUAAUUGAAGAAAUAAUGAGAAAACUAACAAGGACCAGACAAGUCACUUUACUGACAUCAGAUAAACUUGAUCAUGUAUUAGACAUUUAUAUGGAAUCCUUACGUGAUCCACUGGUUAUUAUUAAUGACCAAGAAAAAGAAUACGAUCUGCUAAAAAAUCUUCCAAAACAGUUUUAUUUAAACAUUCAAAAAGAAUGGAAAAUGAAUGCACUUUGUGAAAUUAACGAAACAUUGAAAAUACAGAGAUCUAUCGUCUUCUGCAACACUUUGGAUAGAGCUCAAAAACUAUGCGAGUCAUUACAAAGAUUGGAAUAUGCAGUAUCACUUUUUCAUUUAGAAAUGAAUGCACAUGACCGCGAGCAAAAACUUGAAUUGUUUUCUUCUAACAAUUUAAAAAUGCUCAUCACCACAGAUCCAAUCAAAGGCAGCCAGUUUCAGCAAGCCGCUUGGAUAAUAAAUUAUGAUUUACCUAUAAAUCCUAUUUGUUAUCUUGAUAGAGUGGCCAAAUGUGCCGAAAAUAUAAAAGUGAUAAAUCUCAUUGACGAGGAUGACGACCAAACAAAAUUGGCAAUUGAAACACAUAACAAAUCUUAUAUGAUUCAGAUGCCUCUGAAUAUGAUUGAUUUGCUACAAUAUUAGACUCGUAUAAUUAUUAUAUUAUUUUUAGAAUUGAGUAGUAUAAUAUUCAUUACUAUGAUAAAUAAUAGAAUAUUCCUACAUAUUAUUAUUAUAUUCUUCUAUUAAACUAUUCACAAAAUAACUUUUCUAGGAAAUGGGUUUCGUUAUUGUUAUUUUCCAUUAUUUUAUUGUUACUUAAAUUGAAUAUUUAUGGCACUUAAGGGAUGUUUUUAAAGUUGUUUUAUUUUUUUAUUUUUUAUAUAAUUUUACUAUUUGUGAUUGAUUUAUGAAUGAUAGAAUAAUAUAAGAAUGUUAUUCAGGAAAUUAUUUUGUAAAUUAAAAUCUAUGUUAUCUUAAUA